AUGGCAAAGUUGUCCAAAUUGGCGGAAGAGAUGAUGGUGCAAAUAUUGUCAAGGCUCCCUGCGAAAUCUCUUAUGCGAUUCAAGUGCAUUCAUACUUCCUGGUAUGCCUUGAUCAACAACCCCAACUUCAUCACCAAGCACCUCUCCGUUUCGAAGCACAACAAACUGUCAUCCUUCAUCACCAUCCUUUUCAAGCGUUUUGUCCUAAGAGACAUGAACACUGGCAAAAAGGAUGUAGUGUUGUCAUUGUUUAAUCUCUUCUAUGAUGAUGAUGAUGAUGAAGAAGAUGCGGAGGAGCAUCACCUUGAUACUGUUAUAGAGGACCUCCACGUACCACCUUCAAUGCGUCUAAUGAGGAUUGAUCGCUAUGGGUACGAGAGGGUAGAACUUUUAGGUCAUUGCGAUGGGAUCGUUUGUUUAUCUGACAUGCGAGAAAAAGUUGUUUUAUGCAAUCCGGCUAUCAAGGAAUUCAAGCUUCUUCCUGUGUCAAAUCUUCUUCUCUCUUCCCCUGACUUCAGAACUGAUGUCGAGCCAACAGUUGCCAUGGGAUUUGGGUAUGAUCUCACAUCCAAAACUUAUAAAGUUGUUAGAAUUUUGCAAAAUGAACGAGAGUUCAUCGAUGAUGAUCGUGUUAUAAUUCAUCCUCCAAAAGCAGAAGUAUACAGCCUCGUCACAAAUUAUUGGAAAGAAAUCAAGACUAAUAAUUUGGUCAAGGACACUGUUACCGCGUGGCCAUUGCAGAAGAUUUACGCAGUGAACUCUACACAUUGUAAGGGAAUAAUUUAUUGGUGUGCAAAAGAAUAUCCGAACGAAACAGUGAUAUGUUAUACACCUGAUGAAGAUGAGGUUUUCGAAUGCCCCAAGGAUUGUACGAUUUCGUUUCAUUUAGCUGAUGAGACGUUUCACGUAUUAUCAUCUCCAAAUUUGAGCUGUAAGGUGUUUGGAUUGUGGAAUGAAUCCAUUGCCAUUUCCGGGUGGAAUAUUGAGAACUCCACAGACAUAUGGGUGCUAGAUGAAAUUGGUGCUACUGAAGGUUCUUGGAUAAAAUACUUAACCUUUGAGCCGGCUGUGAGCAUUUAUUCUCCAUUGGCAUUUGCUGGGAAGAACGAUCAAUUUCUUUAUGUUGGUAUGGAUCAGAGUGUAGUAAUCUUUUAUGACUCUCGUACAAAAAAGUGUAAGUAUCUUCCUAUGGAAGGCGUUUCUCUACGUAACUAUGAAGCUGCAUUUUAUGUUAAUAGUAUCGUUUCGAUCAAGGGAGGUAACAACGAUGUUAUGCAAGAUAAUUGCAGCGAUAUAGUUUCUCAUUCUUUCCCAGACGAGGAAGUUUGA